GCGGUGCAGUGCUGUUGUGCGCCGCGGGUGCGCUGGCGCGCCCGCACCUGCGUCGCCGGAACGCCGCUGCUACCGCCAACCCCAUGCUCUCGGUGCAAGUGCCGGGGUGCGCGGGUAUGGAGCGGCUGGGCGCGCCGGGGGGGCCGCGCCUACGGCACGACCACAGGCAUCACCAUUCCACAUUGGAAUGGGAGAAGCAACAGAGGCUGCAGGCGAUGGUGGGGCGGCUGCAGGAGAUGGUGGAGCAGGAGACGCGCGCGCGGUCCGCAGCGGCGGCGGAGCGGCUCGGCCUGCCGCCCAGCAUACGCCUGCCCGACGGCGAGUACGGACAGGACGCGCACCUGCAGCUGCGCGUGCCUUACCAGCAAGCUGAGCUGACGAGGAGCAGUUUUCAGCCGCCGCCUAACAAGUGCGUGAGCGACGUGCCCGAAUGGGCGGGCGCGGCGGAGGCCGGGCCGGCGCGGCGCGCGGCCGCCAAGAAGGACGGUCUGCUGCAAAAGGCGACGAGAUGGUGGGUGCGGAUGGGCGCGCGGCCGCCGGCGCCCUUCCCUGCCGCGCCACCGCCCUGCGUGAUGGUGCCGCGGCGCGCGCUGCCGCCGCCGCCCGACGCGUGACGCCGCCGCGCCGCCGCCCCCGCACCCGCGCCCGCGCCGCCCCCCUACCAUAUCACGCUUACAUUCCAUUAUCGGGACGAUCACACUCGCCGAAGUGCACCCGCGCCCCGGAGUAUUAUAGACUUGCUAAUUUAUUUAUUUGGAACUCUCGGCCGCGACGAGUCGAACGCGUACCUUGUGAUAUGUGCGACGGGCCCGUGUGGUGACAGUGCGGACUGUGCCGACUGUGCAGACUGUGCCGACUGUGCAUAGGACUGUGCCGACUGUGCGGAGGACCGUACAGAGAACUGUGAGCGCGACUAGUCUUAAUACUUAAACGGUUCAAUAAUUGUUUCUAUUGAAAUUUCAUGAAACGACUGCCCGCUAUUUGUGUUGUAGGUGUGUAUGGCGUAGCGUAGUGUGCGUCCGUGUUCCUCGCACUGUCUUUGAGUUUCGCAAAACUAAGACUGAGAUAAAAUAAAAAAGAUAACAAUAUAAAAAUAGUCUACAUUGAAGUAUGUUGUCUUAGGUAAAAUUAAUUCAAAUAGAAACAAUUAAAAAGUAUAUAAUAUUUAAUGAAUCUUUCGAUUGUAACCUUCGAUGAUAUUGUAUAUUGUGGGAAAGGUCAGUCUAUGAUAUAGGAGGUAAUAUGUUGCAGUGUACAGUUUCAUGAAUAAGUAACCUAAAGUUUAAUUUCUAUCCAGCAGCUACGGAUCUGUGUUUAAACAACUUUUAUAUUAUUUUGUGACAAUGUGUAAGAUGAUGCAUAUCAGUACAGUUAAAGCAAGGAAUAUUAAUUUACAAAGCAUAGUUACUAUUUAAUUGUAAAUAAUUAUUGUCUCUAAUUUAAUAUUAGAUAAAUAAUGACCGAAUGCCAAAAUAAUUGAUGGUCAUUUCAAUUGAGUGUUGCUACAUUCCAUAUUUAUGUUGAAAUAUUUUCAAUACCUUACUCCAGUCGGGCUGACCGCGCCGCGCCGUGCUCGAACGCAACUCGUCUCUGGUCAAAGCGUUGUCCCUUAACAACCAAGCAAUAUAACACAGAACGGAUUCAUUACCUGAACUUCCCCGCUAUAAACUGCUUAGGAAGUUAGCUAAUAUUUAUUUACAGAUUAUUAUGAUACAAUAAUCUUAUGAAAGUAGCUUCUCUAUAAAGCUACAUAGAUUAUGAAGAAACUAUGUUAGAACUUCUGAAUAAUAGUUGUGUUAGGUAAAGAAAUUGUAAACUAAAUAUAUUAGAAAUAACAUGAAUAAUAUAACUAUAGCUAUUUGGCAUUGAAAAUUUAUAUUUUUUUAUCAUAGCCAAAAGUCUAAAUCCUAUGUAUUUGGCGAAGCAACCGCCGAUGUUAUGUUGCAGCUAUGUAUUUGUUCAGUAGAUCUAAAUAGUUGAUUCAUAUAAUAUAUUGGAAUAUAUUUUUAAAGAAUUGUUAAUUCUAAAGAAUAUAAUAAUAUAAUUUGCAAUACAUACUA